GCAAUUCGGAGUGCUUUUGCAAGGUACGAUUUUUUGAAGCAGUGGUCAUCACCAUCAUCACGGAUCAUAGGCAAUCUUUUCACUCCAACGAUAACUACUGCUGCAUCUUCGUCGUCCUCCUAUGGUCUCGGCAAUGCGGAACUCACCAAUGAGUCGUUAGCCGUUGAAGCGAUGCGAUCCCUUUGGAAUAUGGUGAGUGAUUUGGCUCAAAUGCACAUUUGUCAUCACUUGAUAAUUUCUGACUGCGCUGAUAAACACUCCGAUCUGAAAGUGGCGCAUUCUGGUGUUUGCGUGAAAACUGAAGAGGCAAUCCGUCCGACGUGA